AUGACUCAAGAUAUAAAGCUCGCAGACUACCUGUUCAUCCGGUUGCGCCAGCUGGGCGUUGACUCCAUGUUUGGCGUCCCUGGUGACUACAACCUUCGCCUAUUGGAUUUCGUUAUCCCCGCCGGCCUCCACUGGGUGGGCAACUGCAAUGAACUCAAUGCCGCCUAUGCGGCAGACGGAUAUGGUCGUAUUAAAGGCCUGUCUGCACUGAUCACUACCUAUGGCGUUGGCGAGCUGUCCGCUAUCAACGGUAUUGCAGGCGCCUAUGCCGAGAACACACCUGUGUUACAUAUUGUCGGAACUCCACCGCGCCCGCUUCAGAGCGCACGCACGUUUAUGCACCACACUUUCUCAGAUGGCGACUACCGUCGCUUUGCAAACAUGUCGAAGCAUGUCACUGCAGCUCAAGUCAGGCUAGAAGAUGCUGCCACAGCGCCGGAAAGGAUCGACUAUGUCCUGCGCCAAGCGUUAAUCCACAACCGUCCGGUCUACCUCGAAUUCCCCGAUGAUAUGCCCGACGUGCUGGUGUCGGCUACAAAUUUGGAAACAAAGAUCUGCAUCCCCAAACCACCAAGCUCUACCCAAGAGCCCCAGGUGCUGGCUCGGAUCUUGGAGAGAGUGUACAGCGCCAAGCGCCCAUUCAUCUUUGUGGACGGAGAAAGCACAGGUCUUGGUAUCGUUGACCAGCUCGAUGCUCUAAUCAAAGCAACCAACUGGCCCACAUGGACAACCGUGUACGGCAAGGGCCUAGUCAACGAGCAGCUGCCAAAUGUGUACGGACUGUACGCGGCAGCCUUUGGCGACAAGCCAGCGCAGGAGUACUUCGAGGAAGCAGAUCUGGUCCUGACAUUCGGACCGCACAAAAGUGAUACCAACACCUAUUUCUUCACAUCAAUCCCCAAGCCCGCAGUGGCAAUCACAUUCUCAGGGAGCACCGUUCAAAUCGAGAAUGAUACUUACCUCGAUCUGUCGGCCCGCAACAUUCUAUCAAACCUACUCCAGAGCCUCGACUCAACACGCCUAGUCAAGGCCAACGGACCCCCAAAACAAGAAAUCACAUUGGCCAAUAUUCAGAACACAGACCCACUCGCCCAAGACAACUUUUACCGCCUGGUAAACCCGCUCUUCCGCGAGGGCGACAUAAUCCUCACCGAGACAGGCACCGCCGCGCACGGCGGCCGGAACUUCAAACUUCCUGCGAAAUCCCGCCUCUUCGGCGCGGUGACCUGGCUGUCGAUUGGAUUCAUGCUCCCGGCAACACUAGGCACAGCGCUAGCGCAGCGCGAGCACAAUAAAGGCACAGAAAGCAAGAGCCAGACUAUUUUGUUCAUCGGCGAUGGGAGUCUGCAGAUGACGGCCCAGGAGAUCAGUGUAAUGAUCCGCGAGAAGCUGAACAUUAUCAUUUUCAUCAUCAAUAACGACGGGUAUACCAUUGAGCGGGUGAUCCACGGGCGCCAAGCGGUCUACAACGAUGUGCCGUUCUGGAGACAUGCGCAGGCGCUGAACUAUUUCGGGGCUGAUGAAGAGCAUGCGGCGAAGAAUACUUUUACAGCGAGGACUUGUGGCGAGUUGAAGGAUGUGUUGGCUGAUGAGCGGAUUCAGAAUGGGUCUGGGGUGAGGCUUGUUGAAGUAUUUAUGGGUAGGGAGGAUGUACAGGGGGCUUUGUUGUAUUUACUGAACAAGCAGCUUGAUAAGGAAAAGGAGGCAGCAGCAGGAGCAGAUUUAGAGUGAGAGAGGCGAGAUCAUUUGUUACAUAAAGAAAAAUAUAUAUAUAUCCAUGAAUAUUUU